AUGUCGCCUCACGUGCUCGUGCAAGCAGAGAGGCAUGAAGAACCGAAGAAGCUUGGCACCCUGACUGCUUCUCUUUUCUUCUGCCUUGUCUGCCUCUCCAUCUUCACACUCGCCUCACUCUUUGUGGCCCAUCUUGAAAGAUACAAACGGCAGAUUGUGCGUAUCUUGCUUAGUCCCUUUGAUACCCCCGACGAAGGGGAUGACGCCCAGCUACGCCGAGAUCUUUUUCUUCAUCAACAACUCAAUGAAAAGGAUUUUAGCCAGCUUGACCAACAACUGAACGGAUCUUCUUCCCCGUUGCCCUCCAACAAUCACGACCACAAGCACUCCUUCACAAUGGGGGAUGCCAAGUUCUCUAUGGAUUCCAAUGACCAGGUGCUCUUUCACGUGCAAGUCACCAUGGGAUGCAAUGGCCUUCGGGACCUCUACAACGUCGGCUUCAUGCGUCAAGAUACACUUGAGAAGAGAAUUGACGGAGCCAUCAACCAGCUCUCGAUUAUCAACAUCGUCUCCAUCUGUGCCAUUUGGCUUCGGGAGAAGAUCUGCCGCAACUCCUUCGCUGGUACUUCGCCCAACGUUAAAGAUCUAUGUGUCUUCCUUCAACGCAGAGGCUGCUCUCAAGACAUGUGCUGCCAGAUUUUCUACACAGCAUUUCACAGAUUGCGCCCUCACCUUGCCAGCCAAGUUUCGCUGCGAGUUUCUGGAGAAACUCUGACUGACUUCCGCUCCAUCGUGGAUUAUAUCUAUGAUCACUGGCACCGAUGGGUAGAAGAUGCUCAAGCUGCUGCUGAUCAUGCUGCGCUUCUCGCUGCUGCUAAGGAUCCUCUCCCCCAGACUUACCCUGCCUAUAAUCACAACCUCCAAUCAAUGCCAAAGGGAAAGUAUCAGAAGCAUGUGCAAGAAAGCUUCAGCAAACUUCACAGACACCAGAAUCAUCACUAUUACCACGACAGUGUCAAGGUCGAAGAUGGGCCUGCUCCGCUGCAUGAGGAACAUCAACCCGAAGACUGUGCCCCCUAUGACCUCGGACAAGCCAGCACCUGGGGCUCCGCGCCUGACCAGGCUGGAAAAUGCAGGACUCGAAGUGACGACUGUGUUUGUAAGCAGUGCAGUAUCACAGGUUGGCUCCCCCUUGUUGCGACCCCCCCUGACGGCGCUGCUCUUGCCGAUACUUUCCUUGCUCUUUCUCCUACUGCAUCAGAUUCUGUAGAUCUUCUUGGCUUAUUCAAUGAGGUUACCGCAGUCCCCCGAGAGAAAAAGAAUAAAACCGCCCUUAAUCAACUUGUUCCUGGGCCUGAAUAUGUUUGCCUGAAUUGUGGCCAACAGGGUGAUCACUAUAAUUAUUUCUGCACCGUCAAUAGCAAGUCAGCCAACUUCGUCUAUAAACCAGGCAAUAAGGAGAUGGCAGAUUUAUCGAAUGACAAAAUGCACAUGGAUCCCCAGCGCGCGGCCUGGAUGGCGACUGGUAGCAAUUAUGCCGAUGAGCUACUGCCCAAGCAAGUGCCAUCUGCUCAGCUGGAAGCAGAUGAUAAAUCGUCUUCGGAUUUAAUCAUGCUUAAUAGCGGCUCUGAGAUCGAAGAGGCCAAAUUCACUUGUUUCAAUGAUGUUGGUGGCAAAGAAUUUGGCAGUGGCCCUACUUUGAGAGGGGAUCGUGGCGGCAAAGAAGAGAAGGAAUAUGUUGAUACGAAGAGCCUUGUUUUUUCGUAUGACUUGAUCUGUAUUGACAGCGAUGAUGAUUAUGGUGGUGAUGGCUGCGUGGCAGAAGCUGAUCGUUUCCUUACAACAGUUGAAGAAGAGAAAAGACAAGGUGGCUGCAGUAUGAUAAUUCCAGGUCAAGAAGAAGCACGCAAAAAGCAGAAACUGGAAGAAGAAUAUGAGGGACCAUUCCUUCUUGAUAGUCUCAUGGGAAUGGAUGAGGGAGAAUGCUUUGCACCGGGGCUUGCGCCGUGCACUCAGACACCGCAGCCGCAAUUGCAGCCGCAAGACAAGUCGGAUAUCUAUCUUGGAGUCACCAACAAGCCGCUUGGCAGAGGUCCGCCGUAUGACCCAGCCGUUCACGAGUUAUUCCACAACCAAGACAAUACGUGGAUCCAGAUGGCAAACCGCCCAACAGCACUUGAUUUGUGGGAUACAAUGUAUCUUGAUGAAUGCCACCAAUCGCCGUCAGAAUCUGAAUACGAUCCAUACUAA